UUGCUGCUUUGGAGGAAGCGUGGACUACUUUUAACCAUGUCUGGCCGGGGAAAGAAAACCGCACCUCCACCAAAAUCUUCUGUGUCGCGCUCCUCCAGAGCAGGGAUCACCUUCCCAGUAGGCCGCAUCCACAGGCUACUCAGAAAAGGCAACUACGCCAGCAGGGUUGGAACCGGGGCGUCGGUGUACCUCGCGGCUGUCCUUGAGUACCUCUGUGCUGAAAUCUUGGAGCUGGCUGGAAAUGCAAGUCGUGACAACAAGAAGCUGCGUAUUGCUCCUCGCCACAUCCUGCUGGCGGUGAAGAAUGACGAGGAGCUCAACAGACUGCUGUCAGGGGUCACGAUCUCAGAGGGUGGCGUGAUCCCAAACAUCCAGGCAAGCCUUCUGCCAAAGAAGACGAAGUCCCCCAAAGAAGCCGGUUCUCCUAAGGAUGUCCAGUCUCAAGAGUUUUAAGUGUGAAAUGCAUACAUGUUUUAAAAUCUACAUUAAAGUAUAUUAAACUUAUUUUGAAGUAUUUCAAAGCAUUUGGCACUUUUCUUCUGGGAUGAGCUGCAGUUGGUUUGGGAUGGAAUAAAUUUCUAAAUGUUUUUUUUUUUUUUCCCCAUGUCUUGAAGCCAAUAAUGCUUAUUUCAUCACAUCUGCUUACUAUCGGAAUGCUUUUUAAAUGAGGGCUAUUUGUCAAACAUCUAUUGGUGAUGCCCAAUUUUGUACCCUUGCAUCACAUGUCCUGGAAAUGUGCAAUUCAAUUAAAGUGUCUUUUAUUGCU